AGAGCAGAAUUCGCAAACGCAGUGAACGGCGCGCAUAAAGUGUCUAUUAAUUCAGCUUCUGCUCAACUGUACUAGAUAAACUAAUUGCCAUUUGCAAUAACAUCAUCAAGCUAACCUUUUAUCUUAAUCGCCGCUCUAUUUAAAACAAAGCCAGCAUCAUGUCGAGCGUGCCAAAGAGACAGAAGUUGGAUGCUGUCGGGGAUGGAAAUACAUCUGCCGGUCCCAACGAGGAAGAGUCGGAGGCGCUGGAACAAAUCGAUGCCUGUCAAAACGAGAUUGACGCGUUAAACGAGAAAGCCAGCGAGGAGAUACUAAAAGUAGAGCAGAAAUAUAACAAACUACGUAAACCCUGCUACGAAAAACGGAGCGAGCUCGUCAAACGGAUCCCCAACUUCUGGGUGACUUCUUUCAUCAACCACCCGCAAGUAUCAGGUAUUCUGGACGAAGAAGAGGAAGAGUGUCUGCAUGCGCUAAACAAACUGGAGGUUGAGGAAUUCGAAGACAUAAAAUCUGGAUACCGCAUAAAUUUCCACUUCGAUGAAAAUCCAUAUUUUGAAAACAAGAUUCUCACCAAAGAGUUUCAUUUGAAUUCAGCGGCUGCCUCCGAGAAUGGUGAUUGGCCCGCGUCAACUAGCACGCCCAUUCAAUGGAAGGAAGGGAAGAAUUUACUUAAACAGUUGCUAACAAAACCUUAUGGCAACAAGAAGAAAAGGAAUUCCGAUUAUAAGACAUUCUUUGAUUGGUUUUCGGACAAUGCUGACCCCGUCAACGACGAGAUUGCUGAACUGAUAAAGGAUGAUCUUUGGCCAAAUCCACUGCAGUAUUAUCUCGUACCUGAUAUUGAGGUGGAACCCGAAGAAGAAGAUGAAAACGAUGACAACGAAGAAGAAACAUUUGAGGAUGAUGAUGGAGAAGAUGAGGGCGAUGAAGACCUCGACGAUGAAGAUGACAAGUAAAACCUUCAAUCAAUA